AUGUUAUUAAGAAAAUCAAUAAAUUACUUUUCUAUUUUCACAAACAAAAUACCUAAGACAUAUUAUGAAGUAUUAGAAGUUACACCAAAAGCAACAACUAAAGAAAUUAAAUUGUAAUAUAUUAAAUUGGUGAAAUUGUAUCAUCCUGAUAAUGGUGAAUCUGGAUCAGAAGAGAAAUUCAAAGAAAUAUCUAAAGCUUAUCAAGUACUUAAAGAUCCAAUCAAAAGAUAACUCUAUGAUUCUGAUGCUUUAAAUUUUGAAUAAUCUGGAGAAGCACAUUCAGCUAAUGAUGUGAAUCCUGAUUCUUAUUUUUAUAGCACAAAUAAAAGGGAAUACUAUUAAAAUAAAUGGUACAAUUUUAGAAAACCUUCUUAUGAAACAUAACAUGAAGAAUAAACAUAUUAAUUUGUUGAUGAAUUAACAUCUAAAGCAAUUAUUGGGAGAGUACUUAUAGUUUUAGGAGUCUAUGCUAUUUGGGAUUUUUAUAGAUUAUAUUCUAGAAGAUAACAUAAAAAGUUUUUAGAAACAUAAAAAGAAAUAUUAGAUUCAAGUUUUAUUUAAGCACCUUUAGAAUAAUAUAUAGAUACAAGAUAAACAGAGAUGUAAUUAGAUUUAGAUUGA